GAUUAUGUACUUCCAGCCGAGUGUUUUCCGCUGUAUCCUGCUGCGAUGGGUUCGUCUGCUCGGAUUUGCCACAGUUUAUGGAACGGUCACCCUCAAACUCUACAGGGUUCUCAAGGUGUUCCUGUCACGUACAGCCCAACGGAUUCCAUACAUGACCAGCUGGAGAGUGUUGCGUCUACUGUGUGUCAUCCUGCUGAUUGUGUUAUGGUUCGCAAUAGCCUGGACCGCCGCUGUUUGUCAGAAUCCAAACAGACAUCUCGCGCUCAUCAAUGUGGGCCUCACCACUGAUCGGCUACAGUUCAGCAUGUGUCUGCUGGACCGCUGGGACUACAUGAUUGCUGUGGCUGAGUUCCUGUUCCUCCUGUGGGGUGUGUAUCUGUGUUAUGCGGUGAGGACCGUCCCCUCAGCGUUUCAUGAGCCACGCUACAUGGCCAUCGCAUUGCACAAUGAGCUCAUCCUCUCUGCCAUUUUCCACAUUUUAAGGUUCACUCUUGCCCCUGAACUGCACCCAGACUGGAUGUUGAUGCUAUUCUUUGCACAUACACACUUGACAGUGACUGUCACUUUGGGGUUACUGCUUGUGCCAAAGUUCUUGUUUGCGGGUACACAUCUAAGGGAUGACAUUGCUACAGAGGCCUAUGAAGAUGAAUUGGACAUGGGGCGGUCUGGGUCAUACCUGAAUAGCAGCAUCACGUCCGCCUGGAGUGAGCACAGUCUGGACCGAGAGGAUAUUCGGACACCAGAGGAAAUGGGCCAGCUAAGUUCUAUUAAUGGCUGUGGCGUAAGGUCUUGCGACAGUCUUUGGGAAAAACGUACCAACGAAGAGCUGAAGAAGCUCUACUCCCAGCUGGAGAUUUAUAAGAGGAAAAAGAUGCUGGCCAACAAUCCUCACCUGCAGAAGAAGCGCAGCUCCAAAAAGGGCCUAGGUCGCUCCCUCAUGCGCCGCAUCACUGAAAUUCCAGAGACAAUGGGCCGCCAGUGUAGCCGUGAGGACAAGGACCUGGGUGAACAUGGGAGUAAUCGCAACAGUAUCUGUGUCCUGAGAAAGAACCCUUUUGAACCCACACACUCUGUUAAGCCUGCCAAAGAUGAAUCCUUGAAGAGCAAAGUUUUCUCCCUUAAAAAGUCCCAUAGCAGUUAUGACCAUGUCCGGGACCACAGUGAGGAUUCCAGCAGUUCAAUAACUGACAAGAUGGAAGUCGCAAAUACAGAAGGCUCCCUUCUCGAAACCCUAAUGGGCAAGAAGCUGGUCAAAAAGUCCUCUGAGAAGAUUGAUGCAGCCAGCGAGUCAACAGAGUCGGUUCCCUUGGUGUGUAAGUCAGCCAGCGCUCACAACCUGACAGCGGAUAAGAAACCUAUUCACCCUAGAACAUCCAUGCUGCAGAAAUCCCUAAGCGUUAUUGCCAGUGCCAAAGAGAAAACUCUUGGUCUAACAGGAAAGGCCCAAGCAGUGGAGGAUCCAACAAAAAAAGCUAAUCAAAAGAACAAGGAUGCCAAGACCUCUGCUGAAGCUGAAGAAAAAGAGGGUCAUCCAAAGAUGAUUGUCAGUCAGUCAGUGGAGUACAAGCAGACAGCUGCCAAAACAGGUAUAAUGAAGCCACAGAUGAGCGGAAGCCAGCCCUCCAUUUGCUCAGAAACAGCCAAGGGGAAAGACCUGUAUGACCUCUCAGAAGUGUGCCCUUGGGAAUUGGAGGACUUGCCAACCCCCUCCGAAAACAAGGUCCAGAAACAUGUGUCCAUUGCCCCCGAGCAGACCACCACAGUCCAUGGAAGUAGCAACAAGGCAACAAAGUCACAACAGCAAAAGCAGAAAGGCACAGAGCAGUCACCCUCUGUGGCCAGACAUCCAAUCCAGAAAGUUGCUGACAGAACAGACAUAUGUCCAUGGGAGGAAGGAAAUGAGGACCAUGAUCAGGCAAUGGGGCCAAAACCUCACUCCAGUAGUAAGCCUGCUAUGUCCCAACCCCAGGCAUCAGGAGAAGUUGUCAAGGUUCUAAAAGCUGAGGUCUGUCCUUGGGAUUUUGAAGAAGUGGCGAGCAAGCCAAGGGACUCGGAUUGCUCCCCUGAUCAGAGCAGACCAAGAAAGGACACCACACCAACUGAGAUCAAAGGGAAAAUAAGCUCCUCGCCUACGGAAGUCAAGGGCAAGGGUACAACACCUACAGAGGGCAAAGCAAAGAGUGUUCUCUCCGAGCCUACUAAAUCCACGGGCAGCUCACUACAGCCACCCUCUAAAGUAGAAGUGUGUCCAUGGGACUUUGAGACUGUGUCAGGUCCCAUCUCUGAAAAAAACCCUUGUUCUUCUCAGGUUUCUAAAACAAAGGAGACCCAUGCUAUAAAGAAGGGAACUUCUCCUGUCAGAAUAUCAGAGAUGGAAAGAGAGAACACAAAGGGCCCUGAUGAUGACAAAAUGAAAUCAAACGCAAAAGACAAGUUAACCUCUGGCAAAACGAAAGAAAGACCUGUCAGCCAGUCUAAACUGGCUGAGGUUUGUCCAUGGGAUGUUGAUAGUAGUCAAGAAAUUGUCUUAAUGGAAAAACAAAAAAGCCCAAAUGUUGCAUUAGCAAAAAGCAAGCAAGCAGAUGUAUGCCCUUGGGAUUUUGAAGAUGCAGCAACUAGUAAAGAAGUCAACCGGAGCACCAGUUCAUCCACUGGCAAACAGAAAAGUUCGAAUUCCAAAGGCAGAGUUGCUAGUGGUGUUAAAAUGUCAGAUGUCUGACCUUGGGACUUUGGUGACCAAGGAUCAACAAAAAAGGCAUGACACUUUACCUGAGUGAACCGUUAGUUAGUCCUCAUUAUAUGUGCUUUUUCUUUCAUAAAUACACCAUGGAAUAAAAACGUAUUUAUGGUGAUUUGGAGAAAAAAAAAUCAACAUGUAGCACAAGCUGCCUUUCUCUUCAACCUUUUGUUUUCCCUUUGUGUUUUUUUGGAAUAAAAGAAAAAAAAACACACAAAAAAUCAAAAAUGCAACAACUCACCAGGCAUUCCAGAUUUUAAAGUAUUGGUUGAACCUUUAAAUAGAAACGGUAGUUUACAAUUAUGCAACUCUUUAUGUGCAAUGUAAACAAAAUGCCUAUACGCACUACAUGUAUCCUCAUUAACAUUUGAACUCUCAUAGCAGCUGCAUCUGUAGCCUCUCCUUGACUGUGGCUUCCACAAAAGAUUGUACAAGUUCCUGUUACAUAGGAAGGUGUGGACCAUGCAUGAAAUGUCAUGGAGUAAGCCUGAUCCAUUUCCUUGUUUUCUUUGAUUUCAUACAUUACUGUCUGGUUUGAGUAAAAGUGAACAUUUGCCAAAGAUAGAGGUAAAAUCCAAUAAAUCUGAGAACUCAAACCUCAGCAGCAUAAUAGAGAUACUACAUUUGUACAGCCAA